GACGUGUUGCGCGCAUGCGUGACUUACCUGGCGCCUGGGGGUCAUAAUUAUUCGAAUUUCAACGGCUGGCGACGACACAUUGGAGUAUACGGAAAUAGUGAAAAAAAAGACUUCAUAACACUGAUUCUAGAAACAGAAUUUUAAUUCUGAACACUUUCAGUUAUGUUUCGGAAGAGGAAGACAAAAAGACUUCGCACUCUUGCAGUACCUGCAUUAGAUAUAAAUGCCGUUGUCACAGAUGAGGACAGAGAGGUAACAUUCUCCAAGCAGUCAGUGGACUGUGAAAACAAACCAGAAGACUCAAGCCCAGUUGCCAGCUAUUCUUUGGAUGAAAGUGAGAAGGGACUCCAGGCAGCUUCAGAAGGUCCAACUGUGGAAAUUCUUUUGGAAAAGAUAAAAUCUCUAGAGGAAGAGCGUGACUUUCUAAGACGCACACUUGGAUCUGUUUGUGGCAAAGAAAAGAAAAAGAAGAAGAAAGACACUAGUAGUGACAGUGAUGAGUUACCCUCUUCAUCAUCUUCAUCGUCCUCCCUAUCAUCAUCAUCAUCUGAAGAUGAAAGAUGUCACAAAAAAAAAUCCAAAAAGAAGAAACCCCCCCCAAAAAGGUCAAGAUCUACAUUCUCCUGUUCAACUGUGAGAGCUAAGUCUCCAGAAGACGUUCUAAAGAGAUACAAAAAAAGUUCUUCGAGCAUACAAUAAGGAAGGAAGCAUGACAAGAGCUUUCACAAAGGUUGGAGUGGACAGAAACACUCUUGCCCUCUCUGCAGUUAUAGCUGAGAUUCAAAUUGUUGAUCCAGAAUUUUACCGCUCCCUCCCCCAAUUCCAGCCUCAGCAAGAGAAGCUUUUUGAAUUUGCUCAGAGGUGCUCUGAGGCCCUGACCACUGAAGUGAAAGCUUCAAUUUUCUCGGCAAAACAAAGUGGAAAACUCUUGCCAAUUAAAUACAAAUUUCGCUAAAUGCUUAUUAU